CGGUACUCCCUCCAGGGGCGGGGCCGAAAGGUCUCAGUUCCUUCCCUUGAAUGUUUUGACCGGAUGGAGCUGAGGGACCUUCCUGAGGAGCCGGUUGGAAAUUGUGUUACACUAGACUGCACCUACAGUGACACUGGAAUAUGAAGGACCAUGUGAACUCUGUAAAGAGUGAGAUGGACCCAGUGUCUGAGGCUGGUUUUCCAGAAAAUGAACCAGAAAUUUUACAGAUAAAAAUCAAAGAAGAAGAACCUGACUUUGAAUAUGAUGAGAACCAGAUGGAAAAUUCUACGGUUUCACUUACUGAUGGGGGUUCUGAGAAUGAACCUAAAGUGAAAUCUGAGGACGAAGAGUCGGACACUGAAGAUACUGUGACUGCAAUAAAGAGGGAAACGGAUUCCGUUCCUGGGGCCGACGACUGCAUAAAUCACUCAAGGGACAGUGACCCUGAAACAGCCAGAACAGAAGUUUCAGAAGCCAAUGACCACUUGAGUACAUUGGAUGCAACCAAGGAGCCUUUACAGUGUGCUGGAGUAUUGGCAGGACCGGCACAGCACAAAGCACUAACCUCCAGCGCUAAAUAUAAGGAUUGCUCAGCCGGCUCUGAAGCAUCAGCUUCCAUCUGCUCUAAAUGUGGAGAGAGUUUCUCGGAGAAUAGCAAUCUGCUUGCUCAUGUCUGCACUGAAUCUGGAAAUGAUAAUAAUCAUACUGAGAGAUGUGUAGGUGAAAAUACAAAUAAUAAACCUUUUUCCUGUGUGAUAUGUGAGAAGCAUUACAGCUGUAAGUCUAAACUACAGAAACACCAGUUGGUCCAUAGCGGAGCGAAACGUUUUGCAUGUACGGAAUGUGGGAAAAGCUUCUAUACCAACAGCCACCUCCAGAGACACCUGAUCAUUCACACGGGGGAGAAACCAUUCAAAUGCACGGAAUGUGGGAAAAGCUUCAAUGUGCAGAGCAACCUGUACAGCCACCAGAAACUCCACAAACCAGAAAAGCCUUAUAAAUGUGCUGAUUGUGGGAAAAGCUUUUCUCUAAAGGGCAAUCUUAACAUGCACCUGAGGAUUCACACUGGGGAAUUAACUUGUACCGAAUGUGGGAAAUGUUUCAUUAAAAAGACGGACUUUCAGAAUCACCUGAAAAGUCACACAGGGGAGAAACCCUUCACUUGCACUGAGUGUGGGAAAAGUUUUAUCAAAAAAAGCUGCUUUCAAAACCACCAGAAAACCCACACGGGAGAGAAACCUUUCAGGUGUACCUUUUGCUGGAAAAGCUUCUGCAGCAAACAGACCCUUGUGACACACCUGAGAAUACACACGGGGGAGAAGCCUUUCUCCUGCAUAGAAUGUGGGAAGUGUUUUCCUAGGAAGAGCUCCCUCCGUAACCACCAGAAAGGGCACACAGGGGAGAAGCCUUUCUCGUGUACAGAAUGUGAGAAAAGCUUCUAUGAUAAGCGCAGCCUUUCCAGGCACCACAGCGUUCACACAGGGGCCAAACUCUUCACAUGUAAAGACUGCGGGAAAAGCUUCUCACAGAAGUGCAGCCUGCACACUCACCGCUACAUUUGCAAAGGGUCUCGAAACACUGGAGGUAAAGUGUUAUCAGAGAAUAAGCAGCAGGAUCGGAAGAAACGUCUGACUGUAAUAAAGAGGCAAAAGGAUUCCAGUCCAGAGGCAGAGACCGAAGCUAAAGUGAAAUCAGAGACUGAAGAGUCUGACACCGAGGACCAUGUGACUGUAAUAAAGAUGGAAUUGGAUUCUGUUCCUGGGGCCGAAAACUGGCUAAAUGAUGAAAAGAAUUGGGAGUCUGAACCCCCCACACCUUGGUUAUGUCAGUUGCCAGAAGCCAGUGACUGCUCAGAUACAUUGGAUGCAGCCAAGGAGCCAUUACAGGAGGCUGGAGUAUUGCUGGGGCCGGCUCCGCACAAAGCCCUGCCUUAUUCUGAGGCUGGCACAAGAUAUGAGGAUUGCUCAGCAGGCCCCAAGGCAUCUGGCUUUAUCUGCUGUAAAUGUGGGCAAAGUUUUUCUGUUAAGAGGGACCUUCUCACUCAUGACUGUAAACAGAGUGGGGACAAUAACAACAAACCAAUGAUAGACGAUGUAAAAGAAGAGCCUAGUAGCCAUAAAUCUCAUAGACACCUUCGGCCAAUAAAACAUAAAUUGGGCCACACAGGGGGGGAACCGUUCACAUGUACAGAGUGUGGCAAAGCCUUUUCUCAAAAGAGUCACCUUCACAGACACCAUAUUGUCCACACAGGGGAGAAACCAUUCAAGUGUGCACAGUGUGGGAAAAGAUUCUCUCACAAUGGAAACCUUCUUAGCCACCUGAAAAUACACUCAGGGGAGAAACCAUUCACUUGUACAGAAUGUGGCAAAACCUUCUCUCGCAAGAGCAGCCUUCGCAGCCACCAGAAAGUCCACACGGGGGAGAAAUCUUUCACUUGUAUAGAAUGUGGCAAAAGCUUCGGUAACAGAAGCUACCUUCACCUUCAUCAGAAAAUCCAUGCAGGAAAGAAAGCUUUCCCCUGUACCGAAUGUGGCAAGAGCUUCUAUGUCAAGCGAAACCUUUGGAGGCACCAAACCAUUCACACGGGGGAGAGAGAUUUCACAUGUAGAGAGUGCGGCAAAUGUUUUUCUCAGAAGAACAAUCUUUACAAACACCAGGCCGUUCACACAGGGGUUAAACCCUUCACGUGCACAGAGUGUGGUAAAAGUUUCUCUCAAAAGAGUCACCUGCAUAGUCACCUGAACAUUCACACAGGGGUGAAACCCUACACCUGCGCAGAGUGUGGGAAAAGCUUCUCCCACAACAGAAACCUUUACAGUCAUAAAAAAAUCCACACGGGGGAGAAAGCAUUUACAUGCACAGACUGCGGAAAGUGCUUCUCACAGAAGAGUAAUCUUCUUAAACACCAGACGGUGCACACAGGGGAGAAACCAUUUACAUGCACAGAUUGUGGGAGGAGCUUCUCUCAGAAGAGCCAGCUUCACCGACACCAGAAUAUCCACACAGGGGCAAAGCCCUUCACCUGUACAGAAUGUGGCAAAAGCUUCUCUCUAAAGUGCAGUCUCCAGAGCCACCAGAGGAUCCACACGGGGGAGAAACCAUUUGCAUGCUCUGAAUGUGGGAAAAGCUUCUAUCAGAAAAGCAAUCUAAGCAAACACCAGGCCAUUCACUCAGAGGAGAAACCAUUCACCUGCUCAGAAUGUGGGAAAGGCUUUGCUGUUAAGCGCAACCUGCAGCGACAUCAGAAUACUCACGCAGCCAGAAGCCGUAGAAGCACUGAGAAGGUGGGGAACCUUUCUCUGUCAGUAGCGACCAUUCCAAAUAGUUCAUUAGUGAAGUCAGACAAUGAAGAGUCGGACGCUGAGGAUCAUGUUACUGCAGCGAAUAAGGAAAGGGUUUCUCUUCCCAGAGCCGAUAAUGGCAGCAGUCGGAAUUCUGAGACCCCCAGAUCUUGGCGAAGACGCCGGAAUGUUAUUGUUACAGAAGCCGGUGAUACAUUGGAUACAGCCAAGGAGCCAUUGCAGGAGUCCGGCACUAGAUAUGACAAUUGCAUUACAAGCUCUGAUUCAUCAGGUUUUAUUUGCAAUAAAUGUGGGAAAAGCUUCUCUCUGAAUAGCGAUCUCCUGACCCACCUCUGUUCCCAAGAUGAGAAAGAUGAGAUAUCUAAUAUACGUUCCAGAGAGAAUGCAGAAGAGAAGCCUUACUUCUGUGCAGUGUGUGGGAAGCACUACAGUCGCAAGUCACAUUGCCAGAGACAUCAGCUGGUCCACACAGGGGAGAAACCAUUCACAUGCUCAGUAUGUGGGAAAUGCUUCUCUCUUAAGAGCAAUCUGCAAAGUCACGAGCGAGUUCACACAGGGGAGAAACCAUACACGUGUUCAGAAUGCGGCAAAAGCUUCUCUCAUAAAAGCAUCCUAAACCGACAUCAAAAGACUCACACGGGGGAGAAACCUUGUAAAUGUUCAGAAUGUGGGAAAAGCUUCUCUCACAGCAGCCACCUUCACAGACACCAGAAGAUCCACACGGGGGAGAAACCAUUCACCUGCACGGAAUGUGGGAAACAUUUCUCUCGAAAAGGCAAUCUGCAGAGCCACCAGACCACUCACACGGGGGAGAAAUCUUUUGUUUGCACGGAAUGCGGCAAAAGCUUCUCUCAAAAAAGCAACUUGUACAGUCACCAGAAAAUCCACACCGGGGAGAAACCCUACACGUGCACAGACUGUGGCAAAUGCUUCUCACAGAAGGGCACUCUGUACAAACACCAGGCCAUUCACACGGGAGAGAAGCGGUUCAAAUGUAUUGAAUGUGGCAAAUGCUUCACACAGAAGUGCACUCUGUACAAACACCAGACUGUUCAUACCGAGAGGAACAUAUUACAUGCGCAGAACUUAGGGGAAGAUAUAUGGAAUAUGAAGGAACACUUGACCCCAAUAAAGAAUGAGAGGGAUUCAGUUUCCGGGGCUGAAGGUUUCCCAGAGGCUGAUUCAGAAAUAUUACAGAUAAAGAUCAAGGAAGAAGAAGAACUGGACUUUGAUUAUCAUGAGAACCCAGAGGAAAGUUCUGCAGAUACACUUACUGACAGGGACAGUUACAUAAAUGGCAAAAGAAAUUGUAACCCUGAGACCCCCAGGCUUUGGUUAAGGCACCAGAGCCCCCCAGGACUGGAAGCCAAUGAUCAUUUGAAUACAUUGGAUACAGCCAAGGAGCCGUCACAGAAAGUAUUGUCUGGAACUGACUCUGAGUGUGACACAAACAGCUCCGAAGCCUCAUCUUUCAUGAGCAAUAAGUGUGGAGAAAGUUUCUCAGAGAUCAGUCACAUCUGCACAGAGACCGGGAAUGAUAGUUAUACUGACAAACAUACAGUAGAGAAUGCAGUAAAUAAACCUUUUUCCUGUAUAACAUGUGGGAAGCAUUAUAGUAGUAAGUCCAAAUUCCAACGGCACCAGUUGGUUCAUAGCGGAGAGAAGCGAUUUGCCUGUACGGAAUGUAGGAAAAGCUUCUAUACCAACAGCCACCUCCAGAGACACCUGAUCAUCCACACAGGGGAGAAACCAUUCAGAUGCACGGAAUGUGGGAAAAGCUUCAAUGUGCAGAGCAAUCUCUACAUCCACCAGAAAAUUCACAAAGCAGAGAAGCCUUAUAAAUGUGCUGAUUGUGGGAAAAGCUUCUCCCUAAAGGGCAAUCUUAACACCCACCAGAGAAUCCACACAGGGGAAAAGCCUUUCACAUGCAUGGAAUGUGGGAAAAGUUUUAUCAAAAAGAAUUAUCUACAAAAUCACCAGAAAAGCCACACAGGGGAGAAACCAUUUAGCUGCACUUUGUGUUGGAAAGGCUUCUGCAGCAAGCAAACCCUUGUGACACACCUGAGGAUUCACACGGGGGAGAAGCCUUUCUCUUGUAUGGAAUGUGGGAAAUGUUUUCUCAGAAAGAGCUACCUCCGUAAUCACCAGAAAAGCCACACUGGGGAGAAACCAUUCACUUGCACGGAAUGUGGCAAAGGCUUCUAUGAUAAGCGCAGCCUUUGGAGACACCAUAGUGUUCAUACAGGAGUGAAAGCUUUUGCAUGUGCCCAGUGUGGGAAAAGCUUCUCGCAAAAGUGCAGCCUGCACAGUCAUCAGUACAUCUGUACAGGUUCUGUACUUAGAGUGAAAUCAGAGAAAGAAGAGCCGGACACUGAGGAUCAUGUGACUGCAUCAAAGCGGGAAAUGGAUCCCGUUCCUGGGGCCACUUCUGCACAAAAUGAGCCUAAAGUGAAAUCUGAGGAUGAAGAGCCCGACACUGAGGAUCCGCUGCCCAAAAUAAAGACGGAAAUGGAUUCUGUUCCUGGGGCCGGUCAUAUAGAGACUGAAAAUAAAGUGAAAUCAGAAAAUGAAGCGUCUGACUCUGAGGAUCAUGUGACUGCAAAAAGGAGGGAAAUUGGUUCCAUUUCUGUGGCCGCUCUUAUCCCAAAUAAUGGAAGUGGUUGUGGCCAGGAAUCCCCAAGACCUUGGCUAAGAAGUCCCAAGGCACCAGAAGCCAGUGUACCCUCUGUGGCUCUGCAUAGAGCCAGGAAGCCAUUACAGGGUGCCAGUGCGUUACUGGGGCCGGUACAGCAGGAAGCUCUGUCUGACCUGAAUUGUGAGUCCAACACAACAUGUUGUGAUACAUCCGGUUUUAUCUGCAGUAAAUGUGGGGAAAGCUUUUCUGUGAAUAGCGACCUUCUCACUCACCUCUGUACGAUGACUAGAAAUAACCAUUUCACAAGGAGACCUUUCCGAGAAAACGCAGAAGAGAAGCCUUACUUCUGCACGGAAUGUGGGAAGCACUACAGUCGCAAGUCACAUUGCCAGAGACAUCAGCUGGUCCAUACAGGGGAGAAACCAUUUACUUGCUCAGAGUGUGGGAAAUGCUUCUCUGUCAAGAGCAGCCUGCGCAGCCACGAGAGGAUUCACACGGGGGAGAAACCAUACACGUGCACGGAGUGUGGGAAGAGUUUCUCUCACAACAGCCACCUCCACCGGCAUCUGAACAUUCACUCGGGGGAGAGACCUUUUCAGUGUACAGAAUGUGGGAAAAGCUUCUCUCAUGGCAGCCACCUUCAGAGACACCAGAAGAUCCACACGGGGGAGAAACCAUUCACCUGCACAGAAUGUGGGAAACAUUUCUCUCGGAAAGGCAAUCUGCAGAGCCACCAGACCACUCACACAGGGGAGAAAUCAUUCACUUGUGCAGAGUGCGGCAAAUGCUUCUCCCAAAAGAGCCACCUUCACAGCCACCAGAAAAUCCACACCGGGGAGAAACCAUUCACCUGCACAGACUGUGGGAAGACAUUCUCCCAAAAGAGCAAUCUUUACAAACACCAGGCCCUUCACAUAGGAAGAAACCAUUUACAUGUACAGAACAUGGGGGAAGGCAUGUGAAUAAUCAUCUGCUACCAUAGCAACCUACUAGCAACCAGAGAGAAAGGCUUAUAUCUGUACUAUGUAUCCUGGAUUUGGUGCAUCCCUAACAAUGAGUAAAUCUGGUUUCAGGCACGCCAGCUGGAUCUCAAUAGGCAGGAUCCUUUCACUUGUAUACAAUGGGACAAAUGGUUCUACCAGUACAAUCACCUUUAUAAGACUCUGAAUGGGAGAUUCCUGAAUCAUUUUAUUCUCUCUGCCUGAUUUAUUAAUAUGGGGGCUAAACUGCGCCACUGCUGGCUACACAGCAUCCAAUAAGCCCCUUGUAAAUAAAGGGUCACGCUGUAUCUAGCAAUAAUUAUGUCCCUGCCUGCACAACUCAUCCUGGAGUGUCCAAACUGUAUUAAAUCAGUAGAUUAAUAGGUAGCAGGUAGGAUAAUGGUGUUAUAGAAAAAUGCCCUUGGAAUCAUUGUACUUAGGAGGGAAAGGAGUAGCAAGCCCUGUUAGUUUGGUCAUUUCCUUGCAAAAUGUAAAAUAAAACCUAUAUUUGUACAGAA